AUGGGCUCGGCUUCAUCCAAGGCGGCCCGCGGCGCAUCGCGCAAGUUUCCAGCCCGCAGCGCAGAAUCCGCCGCGUCUCAAACGACGAGAGCGCCGCGCGCGUCACAGCCCCGCGAGGCCGACCUCUCCAAAGACCAGGAAAUGACUGACCACGCCGCCGAUCCCGAGUUUACGCCCGCCGGCUUCGCCAACCGCCUGCAGCAAAUGGGCAUCGUCGAUCCCAAUCCGACCUUUUCACCGUCGUCGCGCGCCGCCGGCGCCCACCACCUCGGCGGCCUGCCCUCGUCGGCCGCGGGGCCCAUAUUCCCGGCAUCCACGGCAAAUGUGACGCUGUCGGCGCUCGCGGCGCGCCAGCGCGUGCAGGAGCGCGCCGAGGCCGACAUGGAGCGCUUCCAGCAGGUGGGCAUGCGCGGCGCGGCGCGGCGCUACGUCGACAUGAGGACGCUGUCGGACGCGCUGCAGCUGCUGGAGAGGGGCGUGCCGCGCGAGGAGGUUGAGGCGAGGAUGGGCAUGCAGGAGGGGCUGCUGACGCGGCUGGGGAGAAAGGGCGUCUUGACGCAUUUGGUGAAUUGA